AUGGCCGCAGAGGACAUCAGGUAUUGCUGCUAUGAUGAGCACCAAGUGAAGGUUCUGUUUGAUGAGAUGGCUCUGUAUUCUGGAUGGUUGGCCGACAGCUCGGCCAUUGUUGUACGCUACCUUCCGGAGCGUGUCAUGCGUCAAUUUGGAUACGAGCAGACGAUACCUCACGAUCCUACUGUUUCAGCUCCUAUCGCCAUGACCCGCAGACAGCUAGAUGAGGUCUUUGCAGACUGGGAGCAUCACAUGAUCCAUGAGGAGGCACGAGCGACGCUAUCAGAGCACGAUUGGAGCUGUGCCGAGGGGUAA